GGGAGCCGGAGCUCCGCGCGUGCGCAGACGGAGCGCGCUGACCGGAGGGGGAGGUGGCUGCCGCUUCUCCCGCGUCCGCCAUUUUGUUGCUGUAGCUAUUGGGAACGAGCUGGGCAAAACCACCCCGGAGGCGCGACGCUCCUUCGAGUUCGGUGCCUCGUGUGACGGCGGGGGUCGGUGAAGACCCGUGGAGCUGCGACGCCGGCGCGUUCCAGGCCGGGAGUCACUGGAGGCACCCCUGGGACGCCGAGCAGCCCGAGAACCCCGGGGUGGCCUCAGCUGCGGCUCGGCUUUGCGUGCCCUGACCCCCCGGCUCUGCCCUGCAUUCCCGGGCGGCUCUCCGUGAGGCGGCCCCGGAGCAGGCGGGCGGCGUUGGAGGAUGCUGCUGGCCUGGAGCCGAGAGGAAAGUGCUGGCCCAGCCCUCUGAGCGCUCCUCGAGGUGUGCGAGAGGCCCUUCCUCAGCCCCAAAGCCGUCUGCCGGGCUAAGGCGUGCAGAGCAGGCGAGGACAGCCGCCGCCCCUACCGCCGCAGAGUCCCCGGCCCGACACCAUGUCCUCUGCCAGGUUCGACUCCUCGGACCGCUCCGCCUGGUACAUGGGUCCGGUGUCUCGCCAGGAGGCGCAGACCCGGCUCCAGGGCCAGCGCCACGGUAUGUUCCUCGUCCGCGAUUCUUCCACCUGCCCUGGGGACUAUGUGCUGUCGGUGUCCGAGAACUCGCGGGUCUCCCACUACAUCAUCAACUCGCUGCCCAACCGCCGUUUUAAGAUCGGGGACCAGGAGUUUGACCAUUUGCCGGCCCUGCUGGAGUUUUACAAGAUCCACUACCUGGACACCACCACCCUCAUCGAACCCGCGCCCAGGUACGCGAGAGCCCGCCCCGACCGCGGAGGAAGGUCGAGAACCGGGUCGGUUGAAGAGUGUUUGUGUAGGGGGGUGGGGCGCGCUUGAACCCAUAUUGCCCCCCAUUCUGAACCAAAUUAUUUUCCAGAAGGCCUUCCUAACGGAAAGCUAGUGUCAGGAUCUGGGUCAUUGGAUAAGUGGAUGCGUUUUUGUUUUUUGUCUUUUCCUCAUGAGGCUGUUUAUCAAUGUCAGGAGGAUGCGUUUUAAAUGUUUAAUGGGGGUGGCAUAAAAUGCACGCUUUUUGCCUUUCGUGACUUUCUCUGGGUGUAAUACUGAUGCAGGGAUUUGCUGGUUUUCCUAAAAACCUUCUUUUUGAGACGGAGUCGCCAGGCUGAAGUGCAGUGGUGCGAUCUCGGCUCAAUGCCACCUCCGAGGGCCUCC